GUCCUGCAGAAACUGGGGAAGGCGGAUGAGACUAAGGAUGAGCAGUUUGAGCAGUGUGUCCAGAACUUCAAUAAGCAGCUGACAGAGGGCACCCGGCUGCAGAAGGAUCUCCGCACCUACCUGGCUUCUGUUAAAGCCAUGCACGAAGCCUCCAAGAAGCUGAGUGAGUGUCUCCAGGAGGUAUAUGAGCCCGAGUGGCCUGGCAGGGAUGAAGCAAACAAGAUUGCAGAGAACAAUGACCUACUAUGGAUGGACUACCACCAGAAGCUGGUGGAUCAGGCUCUGCUGACCAUGGACACCUACCUGGGCCAGUUCCCUGACAUUAAGUCACGCAUUGCCAAGCGGGGGCGGAAGCUGGUGGAUUAUGAUAGUGCCCGGCACCACUAUGAGUCUCUUCAAACCGCCAAAAAGAAGGAUGAAGCCAAAAUUGCCAAGGCAGAGGAGGAGCUCAUCAAAGCCCAGAAGGUGUUUGAGGAGAUGAAUGUGGACCUACAGGAGGAGCUGCCAUCCCUGUGGAACAGCCGUGUAGGUUUCUAUGUCAACACGUUCCAGAGCAUCGCGGGUCUGGAGGAGAACUUCCAUAAAGAGAUGAGUAAGCUCAAUCAGAACCUCAAUGACGUCCUGGUCAGCCUAGAGAAGCAACAUGGGAGCAACACCUUCACAGUCAAGGCCCAGCCCAGUGACAAUGCGCCUGAAAAAGGGAACAAGAGCCCUUCACCUCCUCCAGAUGGCUCCCCUGCUGCUACCCCUGAGAUCAGAGUGAACCACGAGCCAGAGCCGGCCAGUGGGGCCUCACCUGGUGCCACCAUCCCCAAGUCCCCAUCCCAGCUCAGGAAAGGCCCACCUGUCCCUCCGCCUCCCAAACACACCCCAUCCAAGGAGAUGAAGCAGGAGCAGAUUCUCAGCCUUUUUGAUGACGCAUUUGUCCCUGAGAUCAGCGUGACCACCCCCUCCCAGUUUGAGGCCCCUGGGCCUUUCUCAGAGCAGGCCAGUCUACUAGACCUGGACUUCGACCCCCUUCCGCCAGUGGCAAGCCCUGUGAAGGCACCCACACCCUCUGGUCAGCCAAUCCCAUGGGAUCUCUGGGAGUCCACAGAGAGUCUAGCUGGCAUCCUGCCUUCCGGGGAGCCCAGUUCUGCUGAGGGCACCUUUGCUGUGGCCUGGCCCAGCCAGACAGCCGAGCCAGGGCCUGCCCAACCAGCAGAGGCCUCCGAGGUGGUGGGUGGAGCCCAGGAGCCAGGGGAGACAGCGGCCAGUGAAGCAGCCUCCAGCUCUCUUCCCGCCGUGGUGGUGGAGACCUUCUCAGCAACUGUGAAUGGCCCUGUGGAAGGCAGCAGUGGGACUGGGAGCUUGGACAUGCCCCCGGGCUUCAUGUUCAAGGUGCAAGCCCAGCACGAUUAUACGGCCACUGACACUGAUGAACUUCAACUCAAAGCUGGUGAUGUGGUGCUGGUGAUCCCCUUCCAGAACCCAGAGGAGCAGGAUGAAGGCUGGCUCAUGGGAGUGAAGGAGAGCGACUGGAACCAGCACAAAGAGCUGGAGAAAUGCCUGGGGCUCUUCCCUGAGAAUUUCACUGAGCGGGUGCAGUGACGGAUGGCAGAGCCCCUGCAGCCUUCCGGUGUGUGAAGAACACCUUUUCCCAAAAAAUGUGUGCUUUCCUUUUCUUUGUUUUUCUUCCUCUCUUUUCUGUUUUUGUUUUGAAACUCUUGAAAAGUGUCGGGAAAUUGGGGAGUGGAGCACUAAGCCAAGAGGCGUUCCCCAAAGAUGAGGUGGUUUUCCAAAGAGCCGUCCAGCCCAGUUCAGUGGACUUCUCCCUGCCGUGGGUGGGGCCUGCACACUGGCCCAGCCUGGUCCCGCUCUGCAGACCACCCGUGUGCUGUUUGAAAAUAAGCCCUAGUGUUCAAAAUGCAGCGAAACAACAAAAACCUGACAAAACCACCCAG